AUGAUUUUUCAAAAAAAAAAAAAAGAAAUCAUAAAUUACGAAAUAAUAAAGUUUUUUAUUUAUUGCAUAAUUUUAGAUUCUGAAUCAGAUAUUGAUCUUUUGGUGCCAGUAAAAAGUUUAUUAAAUGAUCGUAUCGAGCUUUACAAAGCUAAAGGUCUCGAAGGUUUUCCUGCUGUUGGAAUUAAGCGUGGUGUCGAAAUUGUUGUACCAUAUCGACAGUAUCUUCCGCGAAAAUUUUUUCGAAAUUUUGCAUUUACAGCAGUAAUUCGACCGGAUGAUCGUCAAGGAGGAUAUUUGUUUGCUGUUGUUAAUCCACUUGAUACAGUUGUUGAUCUUGGUGUUUUACUCGAAUCUGCCGGUGACAAUCAAACAAAUAUUACAUUACUUUAUACGGAUUCAAGUAAAGAAACGGAAACCAAAGCGUUAGCAUCAUUUUUGGUACCGGAAUUUACAAAAAAUUGGGCAAAAUUUGCAUUAGAAAUUCAAGAAGAUAAUGUCAUAUUGUAUUUUCGAUGUAUACGUUUUGCAACCAGACAAGUUAAACGAAAACCGGUUCAGCUAGUAAUGGAUGAUGCUCAUAAAUUAUACAUUGCAAGCGCUGGGCCAAUUCUACGCAAAGAAUUUGAG